CCAAAGAAACAAAGAAAGAGAAAAUUUUUGUGUUCUAAGAAAAUCAAAUCAAAUCAAAUCAAAUUUUCCCGAGAAAAUUUCACAAAUGGUUGUAGCAAAGCGAGGGCACAGAUUCUUCAAAUUCAGAUUAUUAUUCCAUUUCAUCUCUUGUUCUUCCUCCAUUUCCAGUUCAUAAUCUCAAAAAAGCUUCCAUCUUUUCAUUUUCCCACCAUCCAAACACCUUUUUUUCUUCUGGGUUUUGGAUUUUGACACAAAUGGUUUCAAAAUAUUACCACAAAUUUUCACGUGGGGUUGUUGAAAUGAAUUGGAUUAAGCUUAUUUGUGUUCAUUACUCAAAUCUUUUCUGGUUUUUGUUUGGAUUUUUCUCCAAUGAAAACUAUCAAGGGAAGCCUCGGAUCAUCUAGCAAUUCCUUCUUCCUUUUUUUUCUUCAAUAAUUUUGUUUGAAUUUUACAAAAACAAUACUUUUUCAAUAUAUAUAAUUGUUUCUAUUUUGAUUUUGAUUUUGAUUUUGAGCUAAGAACAAUGGCACAGCCUUCUGGGUAUGCUGAAACAGACCCAUCUGGUCGCUAUGGACGGUUUAGAGAGAUUCUCGGGAAAGGAGCGAUGAAGACGGUAUAUAAAGCCUUUGAUGAGGUGCUUGGGAUUGAAGUGGCAUGGAACCAAGUCCAGCUCAAAGAUGUGUUCCAUUCCCCUGAGGAACUACAACGUCUCUACUCAGAAGUUCAUCUCCUCAAGAACCUCAACCACGACUCGAUCAUCCGAUUCUACGCUUCAUGGAUCGAUACUCAUCGUCGAACCUUCAACUUCAUCACCGAAAUGUUCACCUCCGGCAGCCUUAGAGAGUACCGACAAAAACAUCGAAACAUCAAUAUCGAAGCGAUCAAGAACUGGGCUCGACAAAUCCUACACGGCCUAGCUUAUCUUCAUGGCCAUGAUCCUCCUGUAAUCCAUAGAGAUCUUAAAUGUGAUAACAUAUUCAUCAAUGGCCAUCUUGGGCAAGUUAAAAUUGGUGACUUGGGACUUGCAACCAUCCUUCAUGAUUCUCAACACGCUCAUAGUGUCAUAGGUACACCCGAGUUCAUGGCACCGGAGCUGUAUGAUGAGGAUUAUAAUGAGCUUGUAGAUGUUUAUUCCUUUGGAAUGUGUUUGAUUGAGAUGCUCACUUUGGAGUAUCCUUAUAGCGAGUGCUCCAACCCUGCUCAGAUAUACAAGAAAGUCACUUCGGGAAAGUUGCCAAAUGCAUUCUAUGGGAUCAAAGACUUGGAGGCCCAAAAUUUUGUAAAGAAAUGCUUGGAGAAUGUUUCAAAGAGGGUGCCUGCCAAAGAGCUCUUGCUUGACCCAUUUCUAGCUUCCAGUAACAACAAUGGCUCUCAUCAAGAACACUUCUUGUGUUCAUCACAAACUCCAAACAAUUCAAUGUCAAGAAGGACAGACAUGGUCAUUUCUGGAUCAAUGAAUCCCAACGACGAUACCGUUUUUCUAAAAGUGCAUAUCAAAGUGAAGAACGGUAAAGCUAAGAACGUACACUUUGCAUUCGACACGAUAAACGAUACAGCUAUCGACGUUGCGACCGAGAUGGUUAAAGAGUUGGAAAUCAGUGAUUGGGAUCCGAGUGAGAUAGCUAUGAUGAUAAAAAAUGAGAUAUCCACAUUGAUACCCAAUUGGGAGGAAUACCAUCAAGAUAGCUUCAACUAUGAUGAACAAGAAGAAGACGAUGGUGACGACGACGAUGACGAAAGCUUCGUGACCCGACAUCCUUUCUACUCGUGCUCCUCCCAUGCCUCCUCCUCAAAUUCUCUUGAGGGUUUCUACUCUUUUUAUGAGAAUUCCCAUCAUCAUAUAUUGGAUGGUGUGAAUAUUGAUGAUGAUGAUACAAGUUCUUCCUUCAAUUACUCUGAAAUAAGCUUUUGGUCAAACAAUGAAGAUGAGUAUGGAAGAGAUCCUCAAUGCAUAUCAACCACCAAGAACCCUACAAGAUUUUGCCCUACCAUGAAGAUAGACGCGCACCAUUUGAGGUAUAAGGACAUUAAAGUAAUGGUGGAUCGAGAAGCGUUUGAGAGACGAACCCGAUCUGAUAAGUCGGCUAGGCUUACGAGGGUGAAGUCAAUGGUGAACCUCCGUAGCGAGGCGUUGCACCGAUCGUUAGUAGAGAUGUUGUUGAAGAAGCGAUUGUUUAAUACGGUGGAUGCCAUGGAGAAUAUUGGAUACCAAAAGCCAUAGGGUAACCAAAUGUUCAUCAAGAACCAACAAAGUAAUGUUCUUGAUGUUCAUGAAUGGUUUCAUUAGGGGUUCGAGGAUUUGUGUAUAAAUAAAUGAAACAAACUUAAAUGUGUGCUUGUAUUUGUUUUGCAUUUGUAAAAUGUGUGAAACAUAAUGCUU